AAAUCGCGACAAUCGUGAAGGACGCACUUCGCGAACGGCAGCGCUUACGAACUGGUUCCGCGAACCUGAGACCAGUGGUUUCAAAUUCCAUCGAGUAGUAUCCACAUCUGAAGAGUCCAGAAAAAAUAUCUGAUUUAAAGAAUGGCUUCCACAACGGAUGCGCCUCCUCUGAUGUUAGCACUUCGUGGAACCCAGGGAGUGCAGCUGCAGUAUGGCCCUCCGAAUAACCAGCCUGUGGAGUUUUUUACCAGCGUGAAAGUGGAUAGUCGUUUCAUGGUAUUUAGCCCGCACGGGCGAUAUUUGGUAUACCACACUCCAACUGGGGUGCAAUUGAUCGAUAUCCAGAACCAAGAAACCCUGGAACUGGGUGAGGGAACCGUUCUUGUUCGCGAUGCUGCGUUUUCGCCGCAGGAGGGAUAUCUGGUUUUAUGGGAUGCGCCAUCGAAAAAGGAAGAUAACAGUUGCACGGUGUACGACUUGAAGAGCAGGACGGUCAAGGCCGUCUAUUCGCAGUUGGAAACAACAUGGAAAAUUACGUGGUCCAGCGACGACAAGCUUCUUUUUUUGAUGGGAAAAGAUCAAACUUACGUAUUCGGUGAUCCAGAUUUCAGUACUCCUGUGUGCGUCCCGAAGAACAACAAGAUUGGUGAAAUUUCCAUCUCACCGGUAUCGAAGCCUUACCACGUCAUCGUCUUUAAUCCAUACAAAAGCACACCCGGUUUUGUACGAUUAUAUCGCUAUCCAAGCAUCGACGAUCCCGCCACUGCUCUAGCUGCCCGUAGCGUAAUGAAAGAAGAUCAAGUUGUUUUCAAGUGGAACGCCCAAGGUACUCAUGUUCUUUUCCUGGCUGCAACGGACGUGGAUGAAAAAUCGUAUUAUGGAUCGUCGCAGCUGUUUUUAAUGAAUACCUCGAGUGACUCACUGGUUAUCAGCUUGGAUCAAGAGGGUCCGGUGCACGCUUGGGAGUGGAAUCCCAAUGGUGAAUCGUUUUGCGUCAUCUACGGCUACAUGCCUGGGAAAACCUGCAUUUUCAACAAACGCGGUGAUCGGGUCCAUACUUUCGGGGCAUCGCAGUAUCGCAACGGUCUGAUGUACAACCCAUUCGGUAAUUUGCUGGUAUUGUACGGACACGGGAAUAUUCGUGGGGCGCUGGAAGUGUGGGAUAUGACCCAUAUGAAGAAAGUGUGCAGUCAUGAUGCCGAAUACAUGACGUACAUUGAAUGGGCGCCCGAUGGCGCCACGUUCUUGGUGGCUACCACAUCGCCUCGGCUGAAAGUGGGAAAUAAGCAUCAGGUGUGGAGCUACACUGGCCAGUUACUGUUGGACCAACCAUAUGCUGGGGAAUUGUUCCAAGUGUGCUGGCGGCGUGCUCCGCCGGGUAUGUAUAAACCGCCGGAUCCAUCCGUUGAGCUGGGGAAGAACUUCACGCCCAACGAACAAAAGAAAGCAGCGGCUUACAUUCCUCCGUCGAUGCGCAACCGGGUUGGCAUUGUGGGAUUAGAACCGGAAGCAGGAGCGUCGGUGCAUUACGCUGCACAAGUGCAAUCCAGUCCAGGGUUUGGGCAGGGGUACAAGGCUGGCAUACCUGGACUGACGAUGGAUGAAGAUGCAAAGAAAAAGGCUAAACGUAAAAAGAAGCCAAAGACUGAAAGCGAGGGCGAAAAAAGGGAAGGGGACGAGGGCACUGAAAAUACCGGUGUCCCGCGUAGUGCUCCCCAAAACAUUAGAGCAGAUCAUGCCGGUUAUGGCCAUCGUCGUCCAUCGGAUUCCCAUUUCGGUUCGGGCUCACCAUCAUCCUAUGGAUCGUACCCAUCCCGAUACCCCCGGUAUCCACCAGGACCACCACGCAGACCAUCCCUUAAAACCGAGGGUUCCCACAGCACACAUUUGCGGACCGGCAACUCGGAAUCCCAAGGGGAAAGGCGUCCCAGCCAACCGGAUACGGAGAAGCGAACGCCGAAACCUAAACCGAAUAAAAAUGCUCCACGUCCUGUAGCAGCAUCGCCUGAACGACUUGCGGAAUCCGAUGGUGAUGAGAAUCAGAUGGUGUCAUCAGGCGAUCCAGAACGUGAUAAAAAAAUUGCCCGUCUAAAUAAGAAACUAGCGGAGAUAAAUGUUUUGAAACAAGAACAAGCAUCGGGGAAAGUUAUGGAGAAAAACCAGCUUGAUAAGAUUAAACGACUGGAUUCCAUUGUGAAGGAUUUGGAAAAAUUACAACUGAGUACCAUCUUGAAAAAGAAGUAGUACUAGUACCAUCUUGAAAAUUGGUAAAUUGUUGAUACUGCUUUUCUUACUUCUUGCGAAUUAGAACGUGAUUUGAGCUUUUACUUUGACCACGGGUGACGAGUGCAGGGUGCGCGGUCACUAGUUUUUAGUUUUGACUUGUCAAACUGCCGAAAAUUCAUGUUUGCUGUAGACCAUGCUUGGUUUAGAGUUUUCGGUUUAAUGAACUGAAUCGUUCCAACAAAAAAAUUAAUAAGAUCACA